GUUAGUUGCUCGUCGUCAGAUCGCCCGGUUGGUCGUACGACUCCCACAUUUACCGGGAGCCAUUUUUUAUUCAAUGUUUUUGUUUUCUCUGGUUACAAGAUUUGCGAGUUCUCGAAAUUCAUCUUUUCAUCAAUUGUUUUUUUGUCUUUAACUUUGUUAUUAAUAUCAAAGUCGACGACACACGUACAAUAAAUCGCGACUCGAUCGGUUCCAUGGCUGAGAAAUAAAUCCAGGUGAAAUCAGGCCCACGUGUGGUACCCAACCACUGCGUCUGACAGUGCGCGUCAUCACAAAGUGAGAAAAAGGAGUGUUGAAGCGGCGGGAGCUGGGAUCGCGAACACGACGAGCGUUUAUUAAACCGAGAGCUUCGUGCCUUCCGGAGAAAGACCCGAUGCAUUUCAGUCCGUUCGUCAUUCCAAUGCUAAGCACAGCAACGGAAUUGAGAAACGAAGAUAUCUGACAGUGGUUGAUAACUUGGCAAAAUGGAAACGUCGAACGGUAUACAAGGCGGAGUGAAAUCAACAACGAUGGGCGAAUGCGGAAACAAAUCAUCAUUGUUGAAGGGUCAACACGGGGUUGGUAGUGGAAGCGGUCGUUUGGUAACGAUAGGAAAACAGUUGAGUGUUCGAAAAAUGAGUACAAUGCCGGAGGAAGAUGAUUCGGAUGGUAUGGAGCCGGACGUGGUAAGGACGACGGGAAAUCGCGAGUCGUUGAACAAUCAGCCCUCUCAAGGUCACAACCAGCAAUUCCAACAAGGCCUGAACCAACGCUCGCAAGGGUGCGAAGCUCAAGGACAAAUUCAACCGGCCCUAGGGCAAGCUCACCCUACUCAUGCUCAUACUCAGCCGCUGUGCCACGGUCAAAUACAAUAUUCUCAGGGUUAUGGGACGAACCAUCAAGAUCCCGUCGACUCGGACACACCGAGCGAGAGCGAGCGAGAGAGGGCGCGUCUACUUAGCUCGGGUAGUCGUAAAAUCGUCGUUGCACCGUCGAUUAAUUCGAUUGGAGCCGGCGGCAAUUCGUCCUUUGCAAAUGGCGUCAAGAGAUCGAGCAGCGGUAACAGCAGUACGGACAGCGUUCACGAUAACAAGUCGACUAAUCGUCAUCAACGAUUGGCCGGUCUCGAGCCGGAAGUUCGACUAUAUCGUGAUAAUUCAACUCACGGUUAUUCCGGCCAUGCAGCUGGAAGAAUAAGCCGCGGUGUCGAGCUACACGGCGGUAUUAAUCCGAGCAACAGUUGCACCGGUGUACCGCGGCACAAUCGUUAUCCAAGUAUGCGAUCUCUCAAAUCGAACGCCACCGACGAUCAUCAGAAUCAACAGAGCUGGACCUCGAUGGUUUUAAGUGAUCCUCCCAGUCCAUCGAUUCGACCCUUCACCGAUUCCGUUUCCAUACGCUCUCUCGCUUCCAUCGGAUUGGGAUCCUCCGAUGGACGCAAACUCACUAUUCGGAGGGUGCCCACUUCACCCUCUGAAUUACUCAACAUGGUACAUCCACCCACGCCACUCGACGACGAUCUGUCGGCGUGUACGAGUUUCGACGAUGGUGACGCCGAGGAUCCCGGGGAUUAUCGUCAGCCAAAGAGGCCACACUGGGCCAACAAGGUACAAUUCGUUCUUGCCUGCAUCGGUUAUUCGGUGGGACUUGGAAAUGUCUGGAGGUUUCCAUAUUUAUGCUACAAGAGUGGGGGAGGUGUUUUUCUGAUACCUUACUUUCUAAUACUCAUAGUAUGUGGUGUUCCGUUGCUCUACAUGGAAUUAGCUAUUGGUCAAUUCACUCGCCGUGGACCGAUCGGAGCACUGGGCCAAAUAUGUCCCCUUUUCAAAGGAGCAGGCUUGUCGUCGGUAGUGAUAUCGUUUCUGAUGUCGACGUAUCACAACGUGAUAAUAGCAUACGCGAUAUAUUAUUUCUUCACGGCUUUUAAAGCCGAACAGCCCUGGUCUGGCUGUGAUAACUCGUGGAAUACACCGGCGUGUUGGCUACCCUCUUUUGGCUCUAUAGACAAUCGAACGAGACCCAACACUUCGAGGACACCAUCUGAAGAAUUUUUCAACAACAAAGUACUUCAAAUGAGUUCGGGAAUUGAGGAGCCAGGAAUUCUAAGAUGGGAGAUUGUUGCUUGUCUGGUGGCAGCUUGGGUUAUGGUUUACUUUUCAAUAUGGAAAUCGAUCAAAUCAUCGGCACAAGUAAGAUACCUCACGGCCACACUUCCAUUCUUUCUAAUUGUCGUCUUUCUCACUCGGUCACUCACCCUCGAAGGUGCUGACAAAGGGCUGCAAUAUUUUUUCCGUCCACGGUGGGAACUCCUAGGCGAUGCGAAGGUUUGGGUUAACGCGGCUGCACAAAUCUUCAACUCCGUCGGUAUUGCGUUUGGCUCAAUGAUAUGUUUUGCGAGUUAUAACAAAUUUCACAACAACAUACUCAUCGAUACAGUGGCUGUUUCGCUGAUAAACGCCUUCAGCAGUUUGCUCGUCGGCAUAUUCGCGUUUGCGACAAUCGGCAAUAUCGCCAUGGAACAAAAUACUUCCGUCGAUGAAGUCUUAAGCGGUGGACCUGGUCUAGUUUUCGUGGUCUAUCCUCAAGCAAUGGCUAAAAUGCCUGCCUCUCAAUUAUGGGCUGUUUUGUUCUUCUUCAUGCUCGUCUGCCUAUCGCUCAAUAGUCAGUUUGCCAUAGUGGAAGUUGUCGUAACAUCGAUACAAGAUGGAUUUCCGAAUUGGGUGAAAAAUCAUUUACUGUGUCAUGAGAUGUUGGUCCUUGUGAUAUGUACUGUUUCAUGUUUGUUCGGACUACCAAACGUCACCCAGGGUGGAAUAUUCUUCUUUCAACUGAUCGAUCAUUACGCCGCCUCGAUAUCGAUUAUGUUUUUAGCAUUUUUCGAAGUUAUCGCAAUUUCUUGGUUUUAUGGCGUUCGACGGCUCUGUAGCAACGUAAAAGAGAUGACGGGACGAGUGCCCUCCAUGUAUUUUCGAUUUUGCUGGCUUAUUGCCGCGCCUCUUCUCAUUAUGGCUGUCUGGGUGUUUAGUUUGAUCGACUACGAGCCACCCACGUAUCAUAAUGGAGCUUACCAGUACCCCUGGUGGGCCGAAGCCAUCGGUUGGGGAAUUGCUUCGCUAUCCCUUAUUUGUCUUCCGGCAUUUGCAAUUUACGUACUCAUACGAUCCGAAGGAGCGACUCUGGCCGAGAAAUUGAGAAACUCCAUAAAGCCACAUUUCGAAGCUUGCAAGCUUUGUGGCCAAGAAUACUGCACCGAGCCGUUACACACCGAGGACGAGGAUAUGGUCAAAGAACCCUUACCCGAAAUGAAUAGCCUCAUACAGCCGCAUGCCAUAAACUUUUUACCUCCAAAACAGCAAAUUCAAUGAACGUUGAUCAGACACACGCAUAUUCGAAUAGUAAAUGCUCAGUUCAAGCAGUGUUUUCACUGAUCGAAACAUUCCUCCCUUUCGUCACUAUUCCAUUUGUUCAUUAACAGAUUUCGUCCAAGUAUUGGCGUAGUAUAGAAACGAAUGAAGAAAAAAAAACACAACCAAACAAGAAGGAAAUUCAAUGAAGAAGCAAGAAAAACUAUAAAAAAUACAAGACUGCACGUAGAGUGUGUUGGAAAGGAAUAGUUGAUUGUGUACAAGUGAUUAUUUAUCUCGAAAAGAAUGAUAGAGUGAGUCGAUAAAAGGGAAUAGCCACCAGUUCGAAUAUUGAAAAUGAUUUUUUUUUUUUCAGUUUUUGUUUCCUAGUGAUUACCGAUUAAUCAAUUUUAACAGUUAUUUUAUUCGGAUAUUGGCGCCACGUCCCCUGUCGAAUGAUACAUAUCAAAUAAAAAAUUUUCUGCCGUUUAUUCAAUCUUAUGAACAAAAUAUAUUUGUAUACGAUAAGACGAUCGUAUUGACGAACAAUGACAAUAAAUUUGUUGAUUCAACAA